AUGAAAAUGUUGAUUUACUGUCCAGUGGUACUCAUGCUGCUUGCAUCAGUGCUGGGGGAACCAUGCCCAGACAAUGCGCCAGCUGCCUGCUUUUCGCCCAAAGACUACAACAACAAAGAUCUAAGUGAUAUCCCAGUGCAAUUUGCAGGGGAUGAUCACACCUGCCAAAAUAAUCUUCCCAUGAAGCCCAAAGGAGACAAGCUAGACACGAAACGCUGGCGAACGCGAUGCUGUUUGAAAACUGAGCUGCAAAAAAUCGACCCUAAAUUUGUGUUCAACUCUGAAGCGGAAUUCAAACUCCCUAGAAAGACUCUCACCUCUGACCAACCACUUGAAGACCCCCCAUACCAAAAAUCUGACCCAGCGCCACUCUGUUAUUAA